UCGCGCGGGGUCCGCGUCUGCGGCUGCGUUCCCCGAAAGACGAAGCUGCGCCCCGGUUCCGGUCCGCAGGGAGACCGAAGGGCAUCGCUCCCCGCGCCGCGCCCGCUGCUGAGCCCCGAGUGCGGACACCCCAGGGAUGUGAGUGCGCCCCCCACCCCGAGGCCCGCACUCCACGCCCCGAUUCGCGGCCUGCGCCCCAGAGGACCCCCGCCUGCAGCCCCCGCGCCUCUCUCAGGCCCUAUCGGAGCAUGCUGCCUGCAGCCAUGAAGAGCCUUGGCCUGGCGCUGCUGGCCUUGCUUCUCUGCCCCUCGCCGGCCCAUGGCCUGUGGUGCCAGGACUGCACCCUGGCCAAUUCCAGCCAUUGCGCCCCGAAGCAGUGCCAGCCCACUGAUACCGUUUGUGCCAGCGUGCGGAUCACGGACCCCAGCAGCAGCAGGAAGGAUCAUUCUGUGAACAAGAUGUGUGCUUCCUCCUGCGACUUCGUUAAGCGCCACUUUUUCUCAGACUAUCUGAUGGGGUUCAUUAACUCUGGGAUCUUAAAAGUCGACGUGGACUGCUGCGAGAAAGAUUUGUGCAACGGGGCAUCAGCAGCGGGACGCAGCCCCUGGGCCCUGGCUGGGGGGCUCCUGCUCAGCCUGGGGCCUGCUCUCCUCUGGGCUGGGCCCUAAGACCCCUCCUUCCCUCCUGCUGGGCUUUGGAGCUUGUCCCCUGAGCCUGUUGCUGUCCCUUCCCAGCCUAGCCUGGCUGGGGCAGAGACAGCAAGGGCUUGGCAUCAAGGUCUGAGGCUCUCAACCUCCCUAGAUGUGAGUGAACCUUCUCCGUUUCUCCACCAGGUCCAUAUCCCAGGCCGCUGGAUAUCUCCAGGAGUCCAGACAUCCUGGCAGGAAGCUGGGGUGGGGGGGAGGGGGAGGGCGAGGGACUCUGGGACUCUCCAGGUUCCCGAGGGGAGGGAGGUCAAGCCAGGGACAGCCCAACAGCCUGGCCUGAGGGGCAUUAACUACAGAGAAAUAAAGUCACUUCUGAGUCUUGUG